GUAACCAAGGCAACCAAAGCUUUGAAGAAAAUGGCUCCGUGUGUCGCGUCCAGGUGCUCGGACACGAGCGAGGGACGCGGGGACAGAAGACAGGAGACGGAGACGGAGACGUUAGCUCAGUUAGCUUAGCCGCUGAAUCAACCAAUCAGAUAAUCGAUCACUUCCUGUAAAACCCGGUCGAUCAGCAUGUUUUGUGACGAAGCGCUGGACUCGGUCAGUGUCCCGUCACUGUGGAGGAAAACACAGCAGAGCGAGCGGGAGUCGAGAGGUUGUCAGACCGCAGAGCUGCUCAGUGCCGAGGCACAGGUCCAGACCGUGACCAGGACCAGCAGCUGCACACAGACUGAGCCACGGCUCCGGGCCUCAGAGCAGCUCCUGCAGUCCGAGCCCCCCGAGCCCCCCGAGCCCCCCGGCCUCCGGGACUUCUUGCAGCGGGUCGAGGAGGCGAUCGUCAAAGAGCUGGUCAGGAAUUCCCGGAGUCACGCGUUCGACGGCUUCCAGGUGAACUGGGCCGAUCGCAAUCAGCUGGUUUCCUGUCUCCACGUCCUUCAACAUCCUGUCGCUCAGGAGGAAAAUCUGAACGUGACCGCCGUCUCCUGGAGCUGCACCGGUUCUGUGGUCGCCUGCGCUUACGGCCGACUUGACGAUGGCCACUGGAGCAACGAGGCGUCGUUCGUCUGCACCUGGAACCUGGACCGUCGAGCUCUGAGGCCCAAACAGCCGGACGUGGUCAUCGACGUUCCGACGGCCGUCACGGCUCUGUGCUGCCACCCGAGUCUGCCGGGCCUCAUGGCAGGGGGUCUGUACAGUGGAGAGGUGGUGGUCUGGGACACCAGUCGGACUCAGGACCCCGUUCUGGCUCUAACUGGGAUGUCGGCUGACAGUCACAGGGAACCUGUUUAUCAGGUGGCCUGGGUGCCCCUGCAGAAGAAGGGGGACUUCGGGGUCCUGAGCGCCAGUUCCGGAGGUCAGGUGCUGCAGUGGACCGUGGACUCGGACCAGGGUCGACUGGUCCUGGACGCAGCCUUUGCCUUCGUGCGGCAGCAGGUUCCUCACAGCAGCAGCUUCAAGAGCCGCGGCGGCAGCAGCACGGUGGGCGUCACAUCUCUGGCUCUGUCCCCCUGGGACCCCGACACCUUCCUGGUGGGGUCCGAGGGCGGCCUCCUGCUCCGCUGCUCCUUCUCCUCCCAGACGCCGGCGGCCGUGGCCUCGCCCUCCGAGGGCCAGAGCAUGACCCCGAGGGCCCCGGCGGUCUUCUCGUUCCGGCCCUGCAGUGGCCCCGUCCACUCCAUCCACUGCUCCCCGUUCCACAGGAACCUGUUCGUGAGCGCAGGGACGGAUGGCCUGGCCCACGUACACUCCAUGCUGCAGGUCAACCCCCUGCUCUCCCUCAGGGUCUCAGACUCCUACGUGUUUCAGGUGCAGUGGUCUCCGACCAGACCGCUGGUGUUCGCCGCCGCCACAGGACAAGGUGAGGUGCAGAUCUUCGACCUGGGUCGCAGGUCGCUCAGACCGGCGGCCACCAUCGAGCCGGGUGAAGCCGCCGGACGAGCAGCGACGUGUUUGUCCUUCAACCUUCAGAACCCUCACCUGCUUGCGGUGGGGAACUCGGACGGGACCAUCGGCGUUUGGCAGCUGAGCGCCGACUUGACGGAGCAGAGCCCGAGAGAGAGCGGCCAGUUGGAGCAGAUAGCCAAUCAGGUGGCAGAGUGAAACAACAAACAAAGGUCGGCCCUUUGUACCAAAUGAACUGAGACAGAGAAGGAGCGUUUCUAUGGAGACCUUUUUUUAAAGGACCUUCAAAAUAACCAUAUAUAUUAAAAGUAUAGUUGCCAUGGUAACAGUAACAAAAUACCUAAGACAGUUGACAGAUAUGUUGUGAUAAUAUUCACUGUUAUAUUUGUCAGGGAAGUUUUUGUCCUGACUCAGAAUGUUGAGUGUGGUUAAAAGGUUGGUCGUUUGUACUAAAUGUACUGAGACGGAGCUUUUCUAUGGAGAGACCUUCUGUUUGAUGACCACAUAAUUCGAGACACCAUGCACUGACCACCUGUUGAUCUGUGUAACGAACCAGAAAUCUCCUCAAUAUUGGUCUGCUGUAUUAAAUACUUCUGCUGAAGAACAUCAA